AUGUACUCUCAGCGCUUGCUCAUGACCCACCCGCACCCCCCUCUACCUCUCAGCCCUUCAAGCCACGGCGCAUACAAUAAAACGGCUCUUGGAAUCGAGACAGUGGAGGGCUCGCGGAAAUGCUCGGUCCAGCGAUCAUGGUGUGUUCACCGACGUCAAUCGAGUGCCCUUCGCCCCAGCGAAUGGAGAAUGGAGAAUGUGACGACUGGGGAGGUUAAGGCUGAGUCUGGUCUAUGCGAACAUGCAUUCGGCAUGGCCGGCCCUGUCUCUUCCCGGCCAGAGUGCCAGCUUUUCCUCGCGGAAGGUGUCAAGAUUGGCAAGAUGUCACUUGGAGAUGGUGGAGCUGAAAAGGGAAGUAGCGAGGACGGGGACCUUGCAGCCAUGCAGCUGGGCAAGGCAGAUCAGCCAAUCUAUUGUCUCUCCGAUACCACCAAGAAAUCUCGAGCGAAUUUCCAACGGGCUCGCUGCAGACUGCAGACGCCUCGCAUCACGCAUCACGCGCUUCAAACUUAUUCCACCCUCCACUUCCUCCUCCACCUCCUCACCCAUCAUCGCUGGCUGCAUGCGCAGGAAGAUCACCCGUCUGGAUCGAGUGCCCUCGACUCACCGAAUCACAGGCCUCACACUCCGACCCCGCACAGCACUUGGCCAUGCCAGAACGUGGCCACCACCACGCACACUCCCAAUAGUUCGCGGGAGAAACUGGGGGCUAAUACUACUCUGGCAUCGUCAGCCGCCCUGCUACACCCCACGCUGUGGACUCUAUAUCCGACACUACCUCGACGCUACCUAGAGUAG